GUAAUCGAUAAUUACAACAUCAAUGACAUUUGAUUGCAUGAAAACAUUUGUUGUAUUAUAUUUUUUUCGUCGUACGGUUGGUGCUGAAUUGGUAUUUUGUUAGUGUCUAAUUAAAAUGGGCUUGUUAUCAAAUCCUUCAUUUAAACGGCGUAGUAAAAUUGGUCGCGCUCUAACAAAGCAUAUUGAAAAAAUUAGUUUGUUAUUUUAUAUUCUCGGGUUAACAUGGUUUGUGUGUUUGGGUCACAACGAGUUUAAUCACGGAACAUACUUGUCAGAAAAUGCUUUAUCACCUGGCUUGGUGUAUCCGGAAGUCAGACAAGAUGCGAGUCGACUAGCACAGACUUUAACAGAGGAAUUACAGCGGGAGCAGGCGCAAUACAAAUCUGUAAUGCCGUAUGCUUGGAUUGUAGCUAAAAUGAAUCAAAUUGGAUUGGAGACACAUGUUCACAAUUUUACUUUGCGUUACCCUUUUUCUGGAGGUAAGGAAUACCAAGGCAAAAAUAUAUAUGGCAUUUUACGUGCGCCUCGCAUUGGAUCUACUGAAGGCAUAGUAUUCACAGCUCCAUACCGCCCUCCCACAUCCGUGCAUACAGAUAUCGUAGCAAGUGUACCUGUUUUACUAGCGUUUGCCAAUUUCGCUAGAACAAAAAAUUAUUGGGCUAAGGAUCUUAUUUUUCUCAUUACUGAACAAGAGCAGUUGGGCAUGCAUGCAUGGUUAGAAGCUUACUAUGAAGGAGGAUUUAAAGACUCGCCAAUUUUGAAAUGUGGUAAUAUACCAGCGCGUGCAGGAGCACUACAGGCAGCUAUUAAUAUAGAAGUGCAAGAUUUGGACAUAGAUUAUAUUGAUGUCAAAAUAGAAGGCCUUAAUGGACAGUUGCCAAACUUGGAUUUAUUUAAUUUAGUACAACGUAUUACUGCACGUGAAGGUAUUUCAUCCGGUUACAAGCAAACACCCCGAAAAAAACGACGCUCUAAUUAUGCUACGCUCGAAGAUAACGUAAAACAUAUGUCUUCCAUGUUAUUAUCCCAAGUUUCUGGUAUACCAACCGGUAACCAUGGGCUUUUUCAUCGCUAUCGCAUUGAAGCGCUGACAUUGGAAGCUGUAAAACGCGCAACAAAUACAAACAAUAAUCGCAGCUCUGCAACAUUGUCGUUAUUGAAAACAAUUGAGGGCAUUUCGCGUAGUCUGAAUAAUCUUUUGGAACGAUUUCAUCAAAGUUAUUUCUUUUAUAUUUUGGUACAAAAUGACCGCUUUGUAUCAAUUGGAGACUUUAUUCCUUGUUUAAUAUUGCUUACUGCACCAAUGUUUAUUAAGUCAUUUUUACUUUGGCAUUCAUUAAACGAUGAUGAAAAGGAAGAACAAAUUGAGGAAGAGCCUACAGCAAAUACACAAACUGCUGAAUUACCAUACCUAGCAGUGUUUGGGUACAUUAGUGUAGCUGUAGCACUCGGCAUAUUAUGCAAUAUUAUUGCAUUAAACGAAGGCUUACGUAACUAUUUUCAUUCAAUUGGAGCAAAUUCUUUAUUUGCGGUGAAUUUAAUUCUUGGAAUUUGUGUACUAAUUGGAGUAUCAUUACCAUUUGUAACGCGUUUACCAGAAAGAGGUACAGAGUUGUUGCACAUUGGAGCUUUGCUAUUACUUGGUAUUGCGCUAAUAGUCGUAGGAUUAUUAAAUUUCGCAUUGGGAUUCUUUUUAGCUAUUAUGUGUUCACCUCUUACAAUUAUCCUAAAGUUUCCGAGUACUGGAGGAAUGAGAAAGAGCAUAUCAGUUGUUUAUAUUCUCUUUUUAAAUCCAAUUAUAGUUGCUUAUCUUAUCGUUUUUGUUUUGACAAUAUUUAAGUUCCCAGAAUUGAUUUCAAAGGAAAUUGUUUACCGUUCAAUCAGCGCUACCAUGAAUGCCAGCACUUACGCUCUAAUGGAUUGUAUUAUUUAUGGCAAUUGGCUGUAUAAUACCAUAACAGCAGUUUUCUUUCCACUUUGGGUACUUUUCUGGGUACUUGCCUGUGCUAGAAAAAAGACUACCAGUAUUAAGCAAAAGAAAAAUUAACUAAUUUAGUCAUAUCGUGUGAUAUUGCACAUUUUUUACCUAAUCAAAAUAUAUAUUUUUUUCAUUCCAUUUGUCUGAUUAUGAGUUAAUAAAAAUUAAAUGCAGA